UUUCACUUUUCAAACAGAUUUUUCAUUAGUAAACAAAUUAAAUGCUACUUUUACCGAGGACAAUACAGUUUUGUAUUCCUAUGUAAAGUAAAAUGACUAUUUACUUUAUAAAUCUGGAUUGCAAGCACAAGAGAACUGAAGUGCAGUUUUUAAGAGUGAUGUCUUUGGGCAUGCAAGUAAAAAAACCCAGACAUAUUUAAUUGUUAUUUUCAUUUCUUGAUGUGUAGGUUUGCGUAUAAACAAAAUCGACUAACAUCCAGCAACUUUGGUGCAGUUCUUGGUGCUGUGAGGAGAAACUCCACUCCAUCAUCCUUGUUAAAGACACUCAGAGGCGAAUAUGGGUCAGCAGGACGAUCUUCAGCUAUUCAGUGGGGAGUGAAUCAUGAGGACAUAACUUUGGAGAAGUAUUCAGCACUCGGCGGAUGUGAUGUUCAGCCAACAGGCCUGUUUAUCAUGGAUAAUGGACAACUAGGGGCAUCUCCUGAUGGUCAAGUCAGCAAGGACUUAAUUGUGGAAGUUAAGUGUCCGUGGAGUGCAAGGGCUACACCUUUGAUUGAGUUGGCAAUGAAGAAAGACUUCUUUUUGUUUAAUGACCCAACUGCAGCCCCUGGUAUGCUGAAGCUAAAAGAGACUCAUAAAUAUUGGCACCAAGGACAAGGUGCUCUCCACAUAACUGGCGCAACAGCAUAUGACUUUUUUGUGUGGACACCAACGGAGUACCAUUGUAUCAGGAUCCAAAAAGAUCCAAAAUGGGCUUCAAAUAUUCCAAUUCUCACACAGUUUCAUCGAAAGGUUCUUCUUCCAACUGUCUUAGGAAGUUGA